GUAUGCAAUUACAAAUUACAUGCUAUUUAUUGAGUUGAUUAUUUUGUUGUUGUUUACUUUGCUUUGUAAAUUUUAAUCAUUAUGAUUAUGAUAUAUUUUGAACUCUUAUUUCUCUUAAAAAAGAAGUGAUUUUAUUUAUCAUUUUAAUUUAUUGCCAUGUUAAAUCUACGAGUUUUCAUAUCCAGUUUGAGAUAUUGAAUUCAAAAUGCAUGAUAUGUUUAUAAAUAAUUUUAUAAUUAUAAAAUAAUUUUAUUAACUUAAUCUACCCCUAAAAAUUUCUAGAAUGCCAAUUCCUUGCCCUCCCAGUCUCAGCCUCUUUCAUUUGCAGAGUAUACGCACCCAUUGGCAUUUUAUAUUCUCAUGCCAAACAAUAACAUCCUGUACCAUGGAUCCCAACGUUCUCAUGGCUUUAAAAUAUCAUUUCUACUUCCUUCUCUUAUUAUCUGCUACUUGUUUAAAGUUGUCUUCAUCUAUUCCAGACACAGAAACAGAUCAUGACAAAAAGGUUUCUUGGAACAUUGAUAAUCACAGGAGGAGGGAAAUCCUGGAAUCUAAAUCCAACCUUCAGGCACCUGCAGGGUCUACCGGGAAAGUUCUUGAUGACAAGCUAAGGAAAGCUGAAAUGCGUAAUAUGACAUUAACAGUUAACCAGAAUGGGACUGGAGAUUUCAAGACCAUAGGAGAAGCUCUUAAAAGCAUUCCACCAUACAACACCAGGAGAGUUAUAAUAGCGAUCAAACCAGGCGUUUAUAGAGAAAAGAUUGCCAUCCCAAGAACAUUGCCCUUUAUCACAUUUCUAGGGGAUUCAAGUGAUCCACCAAUUAUUACUGGCAACGAUACUGCAUCAUCACUCUCUGGAAAAGAUGGGAAGCCAUUGAGGACGUUUCAAAGUGCUACUGUUGCUGUUGAUGCAAAUUAUUUUACAGCCAUCAACGUGAAAUUUGAGAACACUGCUACACAUGAGAUAGGGUCCAAAGGAGGACAAGGCGUGGCACUUCGAAUAUCAGGGACCAAGGCAGCAUUUUACAAUUGCAGUUUUUAUGGAAGCCAGGACACGCUUUAUGAUCACAAGGGUCUUCACUACUUCAGCAAUUGUUUCAUCCAGGGCUCUGUUGAUUUCAUUUUCGGUUCUGGAAGGUCCCUCUACGAGAAUUGCCAUUUAAACUCAGUAACGAAGAAGGUGGCAUCUCUCACUGCUCAAAAGCGCAGCAAUUCUUCAUUGGAAAGUGGGUUCUCCUUCAAAGAUUGUGUGGUGACAGGGAGUGGAUUGGUGUACCUAGGCAGAGCUUGGGGUGAUUAUUCCAGGGUUGUUUUCUCUUACACUUACAUGGACAGGGUUGUUCUUCCCCAAGGUUGGAAUGAUUGGGGUGACCAAAACCGUGACACGAGAGUGUUUUAUGGAGAGUACAAGUGCAGUGGGCCUGGAGCCAACUUCGCAGGAAGGGUUCCAUGGGCACGAAUUCUUACAGAUGAAGAGGCUCAGCCUUUUAUAGGGACUUCCUAUGUUGAUGGGGAUACUUGGCUCAUUACUCCUUGACAUCUUGAUUUCUUUCUUCAUCUAUUACGUACCCAUGUACUUGAAAGGUUCAUCAGGGCGUCUUUUUCUUCUUUUGGUAAUUGGUAUAAUCCAAAAGAAUUAUGAAGGUUCCACAUUUAAUUUUAGAAUAUUGUGAAGAAGUUCUAAAAUUUAAAUAAAAAUAAAUGUAUAAUAUGCCUUUUAUUAGAUUACAGAAAUUGAUUUAUUAUAAUUCAUGAAAAUUAACUUGUAAUAUAAUUUAAUUAAAAUAAAAUAAGCAAUAAUUACAAUGGGUAGUUAUAGAAAAAAAAUUACUUGAUUUCAAAUCAAACUGAUAAAAAGAUUAAGGUGGGAAUCAAAGAUAUGUGAAUCUUUCUUGUGUAACUACGUUGGGUUCAAAAAAAAAAAAAAAAAAAGAAA